AUGACGACCUCAUCUCAACAAUCCUCCUCCAUGAAGACGUCCAAUUCCCAGCAGACGGGCUGUCUCGAUCCCUUGGAUGCAUUAAUCGACUUCUCGGGCUACGAGCAGGUCUCCUACUCAUCUCCAUCCAUCUCUCCUUCUGCGACCAAGAGCGAGUUCUUGACCAAGCCGGUAUCAAACACGCCACCGACCAUGCCAUCGAGUCAACCCAGCCUGUCCGGUCCGAGCCAUAACUAUGAUCUCUACCGCCAGCAAACCGGCAUUCCACAGGGUGCAGUUGCAAAUACAUUGGCCGUGAACUCGUCCAACGCACACAUCAACAGCCAGUAUGGAUUCAGUGAUGGAUAUCUGUCUGGACUUAGCCCGAACGACGACUUUGUCGACUUCAACACGGCUCCGACAAGAAAUGGUUCGUUCAACCCAACCGAUAUGGACAUGGAGUUCGAAUCGCCUAACCCAGAGCCAGCAUUCUUCUAUCCCGAACAAUCAUCAAAUGAGUUUGUUGACCCGAGCGCAAUUGGUGCUUCCCAAGACGGACUACCAGUCUCAUCUGGCCCGCCAACUCAGACUAGCAAUGUUGGUCGUCUCUGGCCGGGCAUGCACCAACAGCAAGCCUUGGCCAAGGCGCAGGCCCAACAGAAGCAACAACAACAGAUCAUCCAGCAGCAACGACAAAACGCUAUGGGUGCACAGGCUAGACAACCGUCUCAAAGACCAAGAGCGUCCCAUCCACCAACCGAUCCCAUCGUCGAAGAGAAGAUCUCCCAGCUUCUCAACUCCAUGAGACAGAACAGCGUUGGCACAGAGGACAACAACUCUCACUCUCCAGACAACAUGUCUCACGCACAUCGCAUGCGCAAGGAUGAGGAGGAAAUGGAUGAGGAUGAGAGGUUGCUGGCUAGUGAGGAAGGAAAGAAACUUAGCAGCAAGGAGCGAAGACAACUACGAAACAAGGUUUCUGCACGCGCUUUCCGCUCAAGAAGGAAGGAAUACAUUGGACAACUUGAAGGAGAGAUCGCUGGCAAGGUUAACGAGAACCAAGAUCUCCGCAACACCAACCGAGCCUUGAUGGAAGAGAACACCCGUCUGUCAGACCUGACUCGCAUGCUACUGUCGUCCCCUUCCUUCUCCGGCUUCUUGGACACACUCUCCCAGAACCCAGCUGCAGCUCAAACCGCCCAACGAGUAACCCAGCCUCGAGUUGAGCACCAACAGCAACAGCAAGCACCUCAACGCCAAGUUCGAAAGGAUGUCAACCCAUAUGCUGCUCAGCAAAUGCAGCAGCAACAACACAUUGGAAUGGCCAUGAUCCCUGAGCAGCACAUGGACUUCUCUAUGCUCGACCUCGGCUCGGAUGGAUCAUUCUCCUACCAACCCCAGGUCUUCUCGUGUCUAAGCCUCCCGGAGACAACCAUUGAUACUGAGAUCCUUUCCGGCAAGUCUACCAACUCGUUUACUGCUAUCGCCAGCGAUGACGAAAAGGUUGAGCUUCCGACUGUUGAACGCGUGCCCGAAUCUGCCGCUCAGGAAGCACCUGCCAAUGUUGUCGAGGUCGUGGACGAAGAGUUUGACUCCGAUCCUACCUUUGCUCUAUUUACUUCGCCUACUUCAUCCACUCCCGUUAUCACUGCUUCCAAACCCGAAGAAUUCUCCUUCGACCUCAGCACCAUCGACGUCACAGCUAAACCUUCAAACUACGAACUCGUUGUUCCGUCUGCUACUGAUGAUGCGUGUAUGAGGAAGGUAGAACGGUUAGCGGCCGAGAUGGAUGCUGUCGCUGAACGGCUAGCGAUUCUUACAGUGAACCUGUAG